CCCACCGUCGCUUCACAAUUUCCGUCACCGCCGCUCGCGCUCCCAUCAUCCAAGAAGCGCCCCCUCCUCUUUUUCCUCCCACAAAACCCCCGCAAACCCCACUAACCGAUACGAACCCGAAGAUCCUUCCUUCCCAUCCUCUCCCUUUUUAUCUCUGAUCGGCGGCGGCGGCGGAGCGAUGGCGGCGGCGGCGGCUUUGUGGCAGCCCCAGGAGGAGGGUCUCCGCGAGAUCUGUGGCCUCUUGGAGCAGCACAUCUCCCCUAACUCCGAUCAGCCCCGGAUUUGGCAGCAGCUCCAGCACUACGGCCAGUUCCCCGAUUUCAACAACUACCUCGCCUUUAUCCUCGCCCAUGCUGAGGGUAAAUCAGUGGAAAUACGACAGGCUGCUGGUUUACUAUUGAAAAAUAAUCUCAGGGCGACUUUCAGCUCCUUGUCUCCUUCACACCAGCAAUAUAUUAAGUCAGAGUUGUUGCCAUGUUUAGGGGCAACAGAUAGGACUAUCAGAUCUACGGUUGGAACAGUUAUCAGUGUUCUUGUUCUCUUAGGGCGACUUAUUGGCUGGCCGGAGUUGCUGCAAGCUCUCAUUCAUUGUUUGGAUAGUAACGACUUAAAUCAUAUGGAAGGUGCCAUGGAUGCCAUAUACAAGAUUUGUGAGGACAUUCCAGAAGAGCUUGAUGUUGAUGUUACUGGAUUAUCUGAACGGCCGAUCAACGUUUUAAUGCCAAGAUUAUUGCAGUUUUUUCAGUCUCCACAUGCUGUACUCCGAAAGUUAUCUCUGGGUUCUGUUAAUCAGUUUAUUGCAGUGAUGCCCACAGCCUUGUUUAUGUCCAUGGAUCAAUACCUUCAGGGUUUGUUUGCUCUUGCUCAUGAUUCUUCUGCAGAUGUUCGGAAAUUGGUUUGUGCUGCAUUUGUUCAGCUAAUUGAAGUCGCCCCAUCCUUUUUGGAGCCACAUUUGAGAAAUGUGAUUGAAUACAUCUUGCAAGUUAACAAGGAUCCUGAUGAUGAGGUUGCUCUGGAGGCUUGUGAAUUUUGGUCGGCAUAUUGUGAUGCUAAUUUUCCUUCUGAUAGCUUAAGAGAGUUUUUGCCUCGCUUGAUUCCGGUGUUGUUGUCAAAUAUGGCGUACGCUGAUGAUGAUGAGUCACUUGUUGAUGCGGAGGAAGAUGAAUCUUUUCCGGAUAGGGAUCAGGAUCUGAAGCCUCGUUUCCACUCGUCACGAUUACAUGGAUCUGAAGGUGGAGAAGAAGAUGAUGAUGAAACUGUCAAUGUUUGGAAUUUACGGAAAUGCAGUGCAGCUGGAUUGGAUAUUCUUUCAAAUGUUUAUGGUGAUGAGAUUCUACCUACAUUGAUGCCUUUAAUUCAGCAAAAGCUACCAACAACAAAUGAUUCUGUGUGGAAGGAGAGGGAGGCUGCUGUUCUGGCAAUUGGUGCCAUCGCAGAAGGAUGCAUUAAUGGACUUUACCCUCAUCUUCCUGAGAUUAUUGCAUUCCUUAUACCACUUCUGGAUGAUAAAUUUCCUCUUAUACGGAGUAUCACUUGUUGGACACUUUCCCGUUUUAGCAAGUACAUCAUUCAGGGCAUUGGUCAUCAAAAUGGUUAUGAACAAUUUGAUAAAGUUCUCAUGGGACUGCUUAGAAGGAUAUUGGAUACUAAUAAGCGAGUGCAGGAGGCUGCUUGCUCAGCUUUUGCAACUCUUGAAGAGGAGGCUGCAGAAGAAUUGGCACCACACCUGGAAAUCAUUUUGCAGCACCUCUUAUGUGCUUAUAGGAAAUACCAGAGACGGAACCUCCGGAUUGUCUAUGAUGCUAUUGGUACUCUUGCAGAUGCAGUUGGGGGAGAAUUAAAUCAGCCGAAGUAUCUUGAUAUUUUGAUGCCUCCCUUAAUCUCAAAGUGGCAGCAACUUUCAAAUAGUGACAAAGAUCUAUUUCCGUUGCUUGAGUGCUUUACUUCUAUAGCACAGGCUUUGGGACCAGGAUUUUCUCAGUUUGCUGAACCAGUAUUUCAGAGGUGCAUCAAUCUUAUCCAGAUACAACAAUUGGCUAAGGUUGAUCAUGUUGCAGCUGGUGUCCAAUAUGAUAGAGAAUUCGUUGUCUGCUCCUUGGACCUAUUGUCAGGGCUUGCUGAAGGCCUCGGCAGUGGGAUAGAGAGUCUGGUUGCACAAAGCAACCUGAGAGAGUUACUUUUGCAAUGCUGUAUGGAUGAUGGAACUGAUAUUCGGCAAAGUGCCUUUGCACUUCUCGGGGACCUGGCAAGAGUUUGCCCCAUACACCUGCAUCCUCGUCUGCAGGAGUUUCUUGAUAUUGCAGCCAAGCAACUGCAUUCUUCUGCAGUGAAGGAGGCUGUUUCAGUGGCAAAUAAUGCUUGUUGGGCAAUUGGGGAACUAACAGUCAAGGUUCGCCAAGAAAUUUCUCCUAUAGUGUUGGCAGUCAUUUCAUGCUUGGUCCCAAUUCUUCAAAAUGCAGAAGGUCUCAACAAGUCACUUAUAGAAAACAGUGCAAUCACUCUGGGAAGGAUUGGCUGGGUUUCUCCAGAGCUUGUAGCACCACAUAUGGAACAUUUCAUGCAGUCUUGGUGUACUGCUUUAUGCAUGAUUCGAGAUGAUUUUGAAAAAGAGGAUGCAUUUCGUGGUCUUUGUGCAAUGGUGAGAGCAAAUCCUUCGGGUGCUGUAAGCUCACUGGCCUACAUAUGCAAAGCUAUUGCUAGUUGGCAUGAAAUAAGGAGUGAAGAUCUACACAAUGAAGUCUGCCAAGUUUUGAAUGGGUAUAAACAGAUGCUUGCGAAUGGAGGAUGGGACCAUUGCAUGGCGACGUUAGAACCUCCUGUGUUGCAGAUAUUGUCAAGAUAUCGAGUAUGACAGUUUCUCAGGACAAGCUCUCUCUACCCUGGAUGUUUGGUGUCAUAUUUCCGUCUUGCAUUUGAGAUGGAUGGAAUAGCGGCUGUGAUGUGUGGAUUAUGGAGCUUCAAGAAUGAGAUUUGUACCAAACUGUGAUUUACCCCUACAGUGUUCUGGAAAUAGUCAUUGCUGGAUUACUCUAAGGACGCAGGGCAAGUUGAAGUUGUGUUUUAUAUGGGUCCCGUUGGCAGGGGGCUGAUCAAGCACUUCCACAGACAGUUUGAUCCCUUAUGUUGUAAUGCUCACAAAAUUAUAAACUCGUUUUGUUUCAGUGGGCUUGUUUUUGUCCGGAAUUCCUCUGAUCACGUAACAGUUAUUCUUUGAGAUAUGAGAAGUUUUUGGAAUGUAUUUUUAGUCAAUUGAGGUGUAUGUGUAUGGUCUCAGUUGUAGCCAUUUGACAUUAUUAUAUUCAAGUUUUGAUGCAAGUUAAAAGAGUG